UAUCCACAUAGCUUUAUUUUUUCUAAUUAUAAAAUUCAUAGCCAUUAUGAAAACUUCAGACAAUAUAGGUCUGCUGGAGUUUGCUGGAGGUCCACUCCAGACCCUGUUUUCCUGGGUAUCACCAGUGGAGGCUACAGAAAGGCAAAGAUUGCUGCCUGUUCCUUCCCCUGGAAGCUUCAUCCCAGAGGGGCACCCACCAGAUGCCAGCCGGAGCUCUCCUGUAUGAGGUGUCUGUCGACCCCUGCUGGGCGGUGUCUCACAGUCAGGAAGCAUAGGGGUCAGGGACCCACUUGCAGAGGCAGUCUUUCCCUUAGCAGAGCUUGAGCACUAUGCUGGGAAAUCCGCUGCUCUCUUCAGAGUCAGCAGGCAGGAAUAUUGAAGUUUGCUGAAGCUGUGCCCACAGCUGCCCCUUCCACCAGGUGCUCUGUCCCAGGGAGAUGGGAGUUUUAUCUAUAAGCCCCUGACUAGGGCUGCUGCCUUUCUUUCAGAGAUGCCCUGCCCAGAGAGGAAGAAUCUAGAGAGGCAGUCUGGCUUUGCAGAGCUGCGGUGUGCUCCGCCCAGUUUGAACUUCCUGGCGGCUUUGUUUACACUGUGAGGGGAAAACCACUUACUCAAGCCUCAGUAAUGGCGGAUGCCCCUCCCCCCACCAAGCUCAAGUGUCCCAGGUUGACUUCAGACUGCUGUGCUGGCAGCGAGAAUUUCAAGCCAGUGGAUCUCAGCUUGCUGGGCUCUGUGGGGGUGGCAUCCACUGAGCUAGACCACUCGGCUCCCUGGCUUCAGCCCCCUUCCCAGGGGAGUGAAUGGUUCUGUCUCACUGGCAUUCCAGGUGCCACUGGAGUAUGAAAAAAAAAAAAAAAAACUCCUGCAGCUAGCUCAGUGUCUGCCCAAACAGCCACCCAGUUUUGUGCUUGAAACCCAGGGCCCUAGUGGCGUAGGCACCUGAGGGAAUCUCCUGUUCUGUGGGUUGUGAAGAGCAUGGGAAAAGUAUAGUAUCUGGGCUGGAGUGCACCUCCCUCAAGGCACAGUCUCUCACAGUCCCUUGGCUAGGGAAGGAAGUUCCCCAACCCCUUGCACUUUCCAGGUGAGGCAAUGCCCCUCCCUGCCUCGGCUCGCCUCCUUGGGCUGCGCCCACUGUCUAACCAGUCCCAAUGAGAUGAGCUGGGUACCUCAGUUGGAAAUACAGAAAUCACCCACUUUCUGCAUUGAUUUCUCUAGGAGCUACAGACUGGAGCUAUUCCUAUUCAGCCAUCUUGCCAGUCACCUUUUUGAGAUUUUUUUUUAUGUUUAAAUCUUUGCUCCAUGUAGCAUUUACUUUGGCAUAAAUAUGUCUUCAAUAGAGAAGUUUUACUUUCUUUAAUGAAAUCUAUGUAUCUUUUCUUUUAUGAUUUCUGGCUUAGAUAUUCUGGUUUGUUUCUCAGAAUGAAAUUUCUUGGGAACAACGUGAGGAGUGGCCUGGAGUAGGACACACCCAGGUGGCUGGCAAGAAAUCCCUCUGAAGAAGUCUCUCUCAGGGAAGGUCCAUAAUUUUUCAUUACAGUUCAGCUCAGUCAACAUCUACUAAGAACCUACUCUGUUCCAGAGACUGUGUUAAGUGCCAGGGGCACAGAGAUGAGGAACAUCUCUGCUUACAAGUGGGAGUGACAAAUUUAGAAACAGAAUGACAACACAGUGUGGUAGGUGCAAUGAGCAAAAGGCGUAAGGAUCAAUGAGCACACAUAAGGGCGACUAUCCAAGCUGGAAGGGAAAAGCCUAUCUGAGAAGGCCUCCUGGAGGAGAUGAAGCCUGAGCCGAGUUUGUUUUUCCCAUUCGAAUAACUAGAAUAUUAGAAUAAGACAAUUCAGAAAUCAUCUUCCAAUUCAAAUAACUCUUACUGUGUAACUUCAUUUUGUUUAUAUGACACAAUGCACAGCAUAUUACCUGCUAAGACACACACUUUCAAUAUCAUUGAAAAGACAGAACUGGGACAGGAAGCUGCCUUAAUCAACAACAGAAUAUACCUCCCAGACCAAGGGCAAGAGGUCUCCAGGGUAGGGACAACCUGGUGCACAGCAAUUAUGAGAGAAGACUCAAGUGGAACCCUAAUUUCCCCACGCAGCUAAAAGCGGUUUACUGUUUCUGAAACUCAAUCUAGAAGGCAGGGAACUUUAAGAUAGGAGACUGGUUGCCUUCUAUGACAGUCAGGGUCAGAUUGUAAAGGGCCUUAUGCUUUAUGUAAAGAAUGGGACAUGAGAAACACUGAGGUGUUGUAAGUUGGGGAGUGUCUGAUCUGACAAAAGAACUUGGAAAUCAUCAGCAUGAGAUGAGAUUGCCCAGGGAUAUCAGGUUGCAGAGGAUUUAACCUUUGCGGAUCCUUGAUCCCUUUGGGACGUGAUAAAAGCUAUGGAUGCUCUUUCCAGAAAACUGAACAUAUUGAAAACCACACCAACAUAUACACAAUUUCAGGGAAUCCUCAGAUUAAGAAUUUUUGAUAUAUAGAGGACUGAGAAGUAGCCUGAGGAAGUGGAUAUUCAAGGGAUGGGAAGAAGAUAAAGGGAGCAGGAAAAGGGCCAAAGAAAGAUGACCCAAGAGGUACGGGAAGAGCCAGGACACAAGUGUUGGGAAGCUGUGGGAGCGCAAAGAUCCAAGGAGGACAUGAUCAGCAGUGUUGAAUGCUGAGAGACUUCAGCUAAGGUCAGCACUGAAACAUGUCUUUUGCACUUACAGUUAAGAAAUCACAGCCGAGAGAGGUGGCUCACAUCUGUAAUCCCAGCACUUUGGGAGGCCAAGGUGAGAGGACAACUUGAGCCCAGGAGUUUGAGAACAGUCUGGGCAACAAAGUGAGAUGCCAUCUCUAUAAAAAUUUUAAAAAUUAGCUGGGUGUGGUUGUGUACGCCAUAGUCCCAGCUACUUGGAAGGUUGAGGCAGGAUGAUUGCUUGAGUCCAGAAGUUCAAGUUUGCAGUGAGUUAUAAUCACGCCACUGCACUCCAGCCUGGGUGAAAGAGCGAGACCCCAUCUCUAAAAAUAAAAAGAAAGAAAGAAAAAUCAUUGGUAAUGGUAUCGAGAAAAGUCUCUGCAGAGUAACUAGUAAUGGUAGCUCCAGAUAUAUAUUUUUUAACCCGAGAAUUAUAUAGGUGGCAUCUAGGUGGAAGUAAGGGUAGGGGACUUGUCUUGACCCUGCAUUUGCAGAGCACUAACACGUCAAAUAAUUGCCAAUUGUCCAGAAAAAGUAUUGAAGGGGCUUAUGGAGAUUGUGUCUGUUUGUCCCUGUUGCCACCACUAUGAUGGAGUCAAAAGCCAGAAAGCAACAGUUGAAGGAAUGAUGUGAGGAAAUGGAGAAGUUUGGUUUGUUGGGUAGGAGAGACCUAAAGGGCAGUUAAAAUAAGGGACAAAAACAAGACAGGGAUUUGUCUCCAAGAAGUGGACACAUCCUGAUAUUUCUAUGCUAUACUUUAAGAAAAAGAGGGGAAAACAGAGAGGUUCAAGACACAGAGAGAAGUGGCUGAAGGGCCAAACAUCCAGGAAGAGAGUCUGGACUUGAAGAGGAGGAGGGCCCCCCACCUGGAAGUGCAAGGUUUACCUUCCAGAGGCUGGCAAUGCUCUUUCACUGGAGGACACAGCCAAGAAGGAAGUCCACCAGCCUGCCAAGAUGAAAUGCCUUGAAGGCUGAUCUCAAACUCCUGGGCCCAAAUGAUCUUCCCACCUUGGCCUCCCAAGUACCUGGGACUACAGGCACAAGCCACCACACCUGGCUCAGGUUUCAUUUGACUUACUAGGGGAUGGUUCAGGGGAACUUGGGAGAGGGGAGGCUGAGUUAAACCCACAGGACAGGAGGCAUUAUGUUCAAAGGUGGUGCUGGAAAUGGCUUAAGAACAGAAGUGCUAUUGAGUAGUAGCCUCUCUAGAGAAGACUCACACCUGAGCCCCCAUUUUACCUUCUCCUCUGGCCCACACUUAAACCAAGGGCCAGGUAAGACCUGUGGCCCUUUGGCUCCUGAGGAGGAGCUGGUGUCUGCCUGCCACUUGGAAAAAGAAGAAAAGAAUGAAGGGGAGGAGGAGGAAGAGGAGGAGGAGGAGGAGGAUCUGGACCCAGACCUGGAGGAGGAAGAGGAGGAAGAGAAUGAUCUUGGGGAUCCAGCUGUACUUGGUGCUGUCCAUAACACCCAGAGAACUCUGCUCAGCUCCCCUGGAGUCAAGGCCCCUGGUGUGCUGGGAAUGUCACUUGCCUCCUUGCAUUUUCUGUGGCAGACCUUGGACUACCUGUCGCCCAUCCCUUUCUGGCCUACAUUUCCCAGCACCAGCUCUCCAGCACGGCACUUUGGACCUCGGCUGCCCUCACCAGACCCAACUCUUUUCUGCAGCCUGCUGACCUCAUGGCCCCCUAGGUUCAGUCAUCUGACCCAGCUCCACCCUCAGCACCAACGGAUCUUGCAGCAGCAGCAGCACAGUCAAACACCAAGUCCCCCAGCCAAGAAGCCUUGGUCUCAGCAGCCAGACCCCUAUGCUAACCUCAUGACCAGAAAAGAGAAGGACUGGGUGAUAAAAGUGCAGAUGGUGCAACUGCAGAGUAUAAACCCCCGCCUGGAUGAUUACUACUACCAGGAAUAUUACCAGAAGCUAGAGAAGAAGCAGGUAGACGAAGAGCUGCUCGGACGAAGAAACCAGGUUGAGUCCCUCAAGCUGGUAACGCCUUACAUUCAGAAGGCAGAGGCUUAUGAGUCCGUAGUCCGAAUCGAGGGUUCCCUGGGCCAGGUAGCUGUGUCGACGUGCUUCAGCCCUCGCCGAGCCAUUGAUGCUGUACCCCAUGGAACUCAAGAGCAGGAUAUAGAAGCUGCAAGCAGUCAGAGGCUUCGGGUGUUAUACCGGAUUGAGAAGAUGUUCCUUCAGUUACUAGAAAUAGAGGAGGGCUGGAAGUAUAGGCCUCCACAGCCCUGCUUUUCUGAGCAGCAAAGCAACCAGGUUGAGAAGCUCUUCCAGACCUUAAAGACCCAGGAGCAGAACAACCUGGAGGAGGCAGCAGAUGGCUUCCUGCAGGUGCUCUCUGUGAGGAAGGGGAAGGCCCUGGUGGCCCGGCUGCUCCCCUUCCUGGCCCAGGAUCAGGCUAUUACCAUUCUUUUGGCUAUCACCCACCAUCUGCCCCUCCUGGUCCGGAGGGAUGUGGCUGAUCAGGCCCUACAAAUGUUAUUCAAACCUCUGGGCAAAUGUAUCAGUCACUUGACCCUCCAUGAACUCCUCCAAGGACUUCAGGGAUUAAUGCUGUUGCCACCUGGCUCCUCAGAGCGGCCAGUCACCGUGGUGCUUCAGAAUCAGUUUGGAAUAUCUUUGCUCUAUGCCCUACUGAGUCAUGGGGAGCAGCUGGUAUCGCUGGAUUCUUCCCUAGAGGAACCCAACAGUGACCAUACAGCUUGGACAGACAUGGUGGUUCUGAUUGCCUGGGAAAUAGCCCAAAUGCCUACAGCCUCUCUGGCAGAACCCCUAGCUUUCCCCAGCAACCUACUUCCCCUGUUCUGUCACCACGUGGACAAACAAUUGGUUCAGCAGCUGGAGGCCAGGAUGGAGUUUGCCUGGAUCUACUGAUCUGUUUGUUCUGGAAUACAUAUAUGUGGGAAGUUGAAUCAUCAGACACUAGCUGUAUAGACUGUAUUUACAGGGAUCCAGAGAGUCUGAAGACAUUUCUUAAGCCUUUAUAUAUUGGAGAACCCUUCCCCAAACAUUUUCAUAUCCUUUCUUCAAAAAUCUAAAUGAUGUGCCUAAAAAUAAGACAUGGCAUAAUAAGGUAUAAUUAAAGAGAUAAUAGAAUGA